GCCUUCUAUAUUCCUUCAGUCCCCUCAAAACAAUAAAAGAAGUAAGAUGGGUAACUUUAAUAUAAACAAAAUGCUUUUACCUAUGAAGGCACAUUAUUAUCUAUUUAAUGCAGGGACUGCACCAGUAGUCCCAUUCAUACCCGUUCUUGCAAAACAGCUAGGAUAUCCUGCUUCGGUUAUAGGAAUAAUCUAUUUUGUGCUUCCUGUCGUAGGAAUGUUAGCAAAGCCAAUUUUUGGUGCAAUAGCAGAUCGCUUUCACCGUCAGAAGUUUUUGUUUAUAUUUUUUCAAUUUCUAAUCAUAAUUUCCUUUACCGGUAUUUUAUUUGUUCCAAAAAUUCCAUCCAAUGGUGAAUUCCAUUGUCAUGAAGGAGAAAACUUAAUGAAAAUGUGCUCAAAAAAAAAUAACAAUUCGAGCUACUGCAUUAAUGAAACUAAUAUUGAAGCUCAAACAUACAAAUGCUCACUAAGCUGUCUAAGAAACGAGCAAUGGCAUUCAAUCUGUGAGAGUUGGAAAGUUAAAGACAUUUGUGAUUCUACCGAUAAAAAUAUAAACAUUGAAACGAAUGUUUCCUUUGAAAAGAAGUCCAUUUUCAAUGAUUGUUUAUAUUUGUUUAUUCAUAAUGGAACUAUCAAAAACCAAGAGUCUACAUUGUACUGUCCAUCAAGUCAUAAAGAUGAGCCUGUAGUUAAAAUGAAAUGUGAUAUGAUAUGUAAUGAUGAUACUAUAAAUGAAGUAUUAAUAGGAGCAACAGACAUAGAAGUAAAAUCAAGAUAUCAGUUUUGGAUUUUCUUCUUCCUUCUAAUCAUAAGUUGGACUGGAAUGGCUGUAGUAGUGUCAAUAGGUGAUGCAAUAUGUUUUGAAAUGCUAGGAGAUAAGCCUCAACGAUAUGGUUAUCAACGAUUGUGGGGCUCUGUUGGUUGGGGUACACUUUCAAUCAUUUCAGGACUUUUGAUUGAUAAAUUUUCUGAAGGACAAUCUGUGAAAAACUACACUGUUGGUUUUUUGCUCAUGGGAGUAAUUAUCUUUCUUGACAUGGGAGUUUCAAUGAAACUUAAAUAUACGCAAGUCAAGAUUUCACCGAAUAUUUUAAAGGAUGUGACUCAAAUAUUUGCAUCUUUUCGAGUUAUCAUAUUCUUCAUUUGGUGCAUCGUAAUUGGAAUGGGAACUGCUUUAAUUUGGAACUUCCUCUUUUGGCAUCUAGAAGAGUUAGGAGAAAAAUCUAAUUGUGGAACUGGAGAUUCUAUGAAAACUUUACAAGGUCUAGUAAUGGGUAUACAAUGUUUUGGAGGAGAACUUCCUUUCUUUUUCAUCUCUGGAAGGUUACUUAAAAAAAUUGGACACGUCAAUGCUAUGAACUUGGUGUUAUUUGGAUUUGGUGUUAGAUUUUUCUUCUAUUCUAUUCUCAAAGACCCAUGGCUUGUUUUGCCAGUUGAGCUCCUUAAUGGCAUAACUUUCGGAAUAUUUUAUGCAACAAUGGCCAGUUAUGCAAGUAUCAUUGCUCCGGUUGGUACUGAAGCGACCAUGCAAGGCCUAGUUGGUGCUGUUUUUGAAGGCAUUGGAGUUUCCACAGGAAGUAUUAUUGGUGGAAAACUGUUUGAAAAUAUUGGAGGUUCUAAUACUUUCAGUAUUUUCUCCUAUGGUGCCUUCAUAUGCUUAUUGGUUCAUUGGAUAGUGCAAAAUAUUAUCACCAAAAUUUAUGGUCGCUCUGAUAUGCGAAACGAGUAUCAAGAACCUUACAAUUCUAUUGCAACUGAGGCUUUCUCAAUAUUAGACGAUAAUGAUUUACAAACUCCUUCCAACAAGUAGUUAUUAAGCGAUGGUCGGUAAGAGUAAAAAAAGGCGAUAUUCAUCUAAGCCCUUAUCUUCAGUCAAAUGUACUUGAGACUCUUUUAUCUAAUAAAAGUACUUAAGAUAAGAAUAUUUUAUUAACGUGACGAAAAUUAAUAUGACGAACAUAUAAUUAAGAUUAUAGGAAAAUCUCUUUUCUUGGGAUAUAGGUAUGUACAUUUUAAAUAUUUAAAUCACUAUUUCGUAAUAAAAACAGAAAAUAAAUGUGCAGAAACAAAACAAAUAGAAUUCCAAACGUUUUAUCGAAUAUAAAAAAAAUUCUAAACAUUUAUCAACUUUAGGAUGUCCAUAAUUCUAUCUGAUACUGAUGAAUAUGAAAAACAGAUUAUAAUUUAUUGGAAAUCUCAUACAAACUUACAAA